AUGGCAGAGAUCGUGAUCUCAAUCGUGUCAAAGGUUGCAGAAUACUUGGUGGUUCCGAUUUCACAUGGAGCUGCGUAUUUUUUCUGCUUUAAGCAACUUAAUGAAGACUUCGAGAAAGCAAAAGAAGAGCUAGAGGUGAAACUAGAAGAUGUGAGAAAGCGUACGGAAGAAGCAGAUCGAAAAACUGAAGAAAUAAUGCCAUCCGUGAAGAAGUGGUUAGAUGAUGUGAAUGCUAUCCUAGAGGAGGUACAAAAGCUGCAACAAGAGCUUGAUCGAGGACGAAACUAUUGUUUCAAUGUGUCAGUUAGAUACUCAUUAUCCAAACAAAUGGAAAAUAAGGCUAAACAGAUGAUGGACCUCAAACAAAAUUCUGACUUUCAGCCAUUUUCCCAGGUGAUCCAACUUCCUGGAAUUACCUACUUCUCUUCCAAAGAGUUUGUGGAUUUCAACUCAAGGAAAUCAACUUGUAAUUGUCUUUUGGAGGCAAUUAAAGAUGGCACGAACAAGAUGGUGGGAUUAUAUGGUAUGGCAGGAUCAGGCAAAACGACUUUGGCAAAGGAAGUAGGCAAGAAAGUAGAUGAGCUAAAGCUUUUUGACAAGGUCAUCAUGGUAGUCGUUUCAAAACCCCCAAAUGUUUUGAACAUUCAGCAGGAAAUAGCGGGGCAAAUAGGCUUACAACUUCAAGAGCCAACUCAACUUACUCAAGCACAAAGGCUAUCAAAAGGAUUGAAAAAUAAGAAGAUUCUUAUAAUCCUAGAUGAUGUGUGGAGCAAACUAAGGCUUGAAGAUAUUGGAAUUCCAUUAAAUGAAGGUUGUUGUGUAUUGUUGACCACUCGCCUCCAUGAUGUAUGUGUUUCUAUGGAUUGUGAAAGUAUUAUUAAAUUGUCUCUCUUAAUAGAGGAAGAGUCAUGGGCAUUGUUCAAGAUGUGCGUUAAAACAGCCAAUGUGUCAAUGAAUGAGUUUGAUAGCAUUGGAAGGCAAAUUGUUGAUGAGUGUAAAGGUUUGCCUAUUGCAAUUGUGACAGUUGGAAGCACAUUAAAAGGAAAGAGUAUUCAAGCGUGGAAGUCAACACUAAGGAGGCUACAACGUCCCCUACCAUUGGAUAUUGAAGAUGAUUUGAAGACCCCUUAUGCAUGUGUUGAAUUAAGUUAUGAUAAUUUGCCAAGUUCACUAGCCAAGUCGCUCUUCAUAUUGUGUUCUAUGUUUCCUGAGGAUCAUGAAAUCCAUAUAGAGGAUUUAAUUCGUUUUGGCAACAGGACUCUAAAUCUGGGUGAUGAUAUUCAUACAAUAGGGGAAGCAAGGAAUGAGAUUUUUGCAACUAUUGAGAAAUUGUUAGAUUCUUGUUUGUUAAUGAAUACCGAUUGGCAGGAACGUGUAAAAUUGCAUGAUGUUGUUCGAGAUGUAGCCUUAUGGAUCGCAAAGAAGCAACAUCAAGAAGUUUUGGUGGAUAGCCAUUCAAUUUCAAGCAUGCUGGUUAGCAACUGCCGCAGAUUGAAUGAUGCGAAGGCACUCUCAUUGUGGAAUUUGGAUGAGAAUUUCAAGAUCUUUAAUAAAUUGCAUUGCCCAUCACUGGAGAUUUUGCUACUUCAACCUGAUGGGUUCAUUGAAGAUAUUGGAGCAAUAGAAACACUUAAAGUGUUGGCACUCAUAACAGAUGGCUUUCAACGCAGAUUUUGGUCAUUAACUUUUCGGUCAUCAACUUUUUGCUCUAUCCCACAAUCAAUUGUACUGUUAACAAAUCUUCAAACCUUAUGUCUUAGAGGGAAACGAUUGGGUGACAUCUCUUUUUUGUGUGAACUCAAAGGAUUGGAGAUUCUUGAUUUGCGUGGUUCUCUAUUUAAUGAAUUACCUGCUGAAAUUGCAGACAUGAAAAUGCUGAAACUUUUAGAUAUAUUUGAAUGUGAAAUUAAGGAAAGCCCUUUAGAAGUAAUUGGAAGAUGUGAGCAGCUUGAAGAAUUAUACUUUUGGGAUAAGAAAUCUAUCAUCCCUGAGAAUUUCUCUCUUUCAAGGUUGAAGAGGUAUGUCAUCUAUGAUUCCACAUGCAGAAUGAUUAAUGAAUAUUUAGGUUACUCUUUCCAAGAAUAUUUGGAUAGUUGUGAUGAAGCAUUAAGAGCUUUAUGCAUACAAGGCUUCAGAAUCUUUGCUUUGACUUCGUCAAUGAAGGAUCUCAUUUUUCGGGCAAACCACCUUUGGUUAGAUAAUUGUUCAUGGAAUCAUAAAGAUAUAAAUUUUAGGAUAAAGCACCUCGUGGUAUCAUUCUGUCAAGAGAAAAGAUUCAUCAUUGAGGACUCUGAUAUGAACACUCUUCAACCACAACAAAUCUUCUCAGACUUGAUAACUUUACGAUUGUUUGAAAUGAAUAGUCUUGAACAGCUGUUUGAAGCUUCAUCUAUCAGCUACUCUCUCCCCAUGUUACAAGAGCUGUCGAUACAAAGUUGUCCUGAAUUGAGAACUUGCAUAUUCCCCCAUGCCAUGGUUACGAGCUUGCCAAAGUUGAGGAGACUUGUUAUUGAGGGUUGCGGCAAAGUGAAAUGGUUAUUCUCUUAUUCUUUGGCUUCUCAUUGUCCGUCCUUGGAGGGGAUAAUUAUAGCCAAUUGCUUUGAGCUUGAUAGGCUCAUUGAUGAAGAAGCUGCACUUGGGGAUCCAUUACUUCAUGACAUGCAAUACUGUCAUCCACAUGUAAUUAAUUUGACCAGAUUGCUUAUGUGGGGUGCCAUAUGGUAUGACAACUCAUCGUCCCUCUCUUCCUCUCUUCCACAUCAUGGGAUAAGCUUGCGUUUUGAUAAGGGGAGGUUUGGAAUUGGGGUUGUGAUACUUGAGGCGGUGGGAGUUGUUUCGAGUAGCAAAGGAGGAGAGUACUCAGGGUCUCAAAUAGAUCUGACGAGUGUUUGUGGGGGGGAGAGAGGGAGAGAUAAUGGUGCCAAUGUAGAUGAUGAAGACGAUGAGAUGGUUUCACUCAAAAAAAAAAAAAGGAUGAUGAGAUGGAGGGUGAAGUGGAAGAGAGGAAAGACUGAUGACAUGGCAUGCCACAUGAGCAAUCUGGUCAAACUAACUGUCAAAAUUAACUGGAAUAACGGUUAG